AUGCGCCCGGCGGCGCCCGGUCGCCGGCCGGGGGGCGGUCCCCCGCCGGCCCCACCCCCGGCCCGCCCGCCCACCCCCGCGACCCCCCCGCCGCCGCCCGCCGCCCGCCCGGAGGCGGACGGGGAGAGCGGCGAGGGGCGGAGGGAGGUUCUUUUCAACUUUCCCUUACGGUACUUGUUGACUAUCGGUCUCGUGCCGGUAUUUAGCCUUAGAUGGAGUUUACCACCCGCUUUGGGCUGCAUUCCCAAGCAACCCGACUCCGGGAAGACCCGGGCCCGGCGCGCCGGGGGCCGCUACCGGCCUCACACCGUCCACGGGCUGGGCCUCGAUCAGAAGGACUUGGGCCCCCCACGAGCGGCGCCGGGGAGUGGGUCUUCCCGGGUCGCCACGUCUGAUCUGAGGUCGCGUCUCGGAGGGCCCGAGGGAGGGGGCGAGGGAGCCCGCGAGGAGGGGCCCGAGAAGGGGGAGACGCGGAGGCCCGCGGCCGACCGCCCCGGGCCCCCCGCUUCCCCGCGCACACGCGGCACCCCGACGACCGACCGACCCCCCCCGCCCCGACUACCCGUCGCCCCUCCGGGAGGAGGAGGCGGCGGCGUCGGCGGCGGCGGCGGCGGCCGGCGGCCGGCCGGCGGGCGGAGAGGGAGGGGCCGAGGCGGGGCGGGGAGCACGAGCCGGCUGCCACGGGACGGACGGGGCGCGGGACGGCGGAGAGCUGGACGCGGGGGAGAGGGUCGGGGCACGCGCGGGCGCCGAAGCCCGAACGGGCGACGGACGCACCGCGCGGCCCCUAUCUCCCCCGGCCCCCGCCACCGCCCCCGCCCUCGCGGCGGGAGCUCCGGGGCGCGAACCGCGGCACGGCCGCAGCCCGGGGGGAGAGCGCGCAGCGGCGGGCAGACGCCGCGGCGUCCCGCGGGUCGCCGCCGAGGCACGCGUCCCCGGGGCGCGGACGCGCACGCGGACCCGGCCUCGGGCGCGAACCGCCCGCCCGACGGGGCGAGAGCCGCGGGGGGGCGUGGCCGGGAAGCGGGCACGGGCCGCGGACGCACGGCGGCCGGGGGAGGCACCGCGGGCGUGGGGGAGAGGGGGGGCGCCGGCCGGGCGGACCGGAAGACGCGACCCCCACCCCCGCCACCCACCGCGGGCCCCGCCACCCCGUGGCGCGAGACCGUCCCCGACCCCCGACCCCCCCCCCCGACGGCGGCAACACCCAGAGGCCCGCUUGCGGCGCCGAGGGAGGCGCUCCCGGGGGGGGGGGGAGACCGACCCCAGAAGGGGGACGGAGGGCCCGGCGGGCCCUGCGAGGACAGCCCCCAGCCGCGCACCCCGGAGGGGCGAUUGAUCGGCAAGCGACGCUCAGACAGGCGUAGCCCGGGAGGAACCCGGGGCCGCAAGUGCGUUCGAAAGUCGUACGAGCUGCGUCGGAGCGUUUCGCUUCGGCGGGGAGACCCGCCGCUGGCACGGCACACGUCCCGCCGCCGCCGGCUCCCUCCCCGGAGGCGGGAGCUCGUCGGCGGGGGUUGCCUCCGGCCGGCCGAGUCAGACGGAAAGCCAGCACACCGGAGGGGCCGGGAGAGGUUUCACACGACGGGGCACCCGGCGCCCACGCGCCAGGGUGGGUGCGGGCACCCCCACAGGCGCCCGGGGGUUCCCAGCCCUCCCCGGGACGCGGGAGGGGCGCGCGCACGCGCCGCACACGGCCACGGCCCACGCGACGACCGCCGGGUAGCCCCCUCCCGACGGCCGCGGCGCCGUGACCGCGGCGCGCCACGCCGCGCGCCGACCCCGGCCCCUCGGGGGACCGCGGAGUCCGGGGAGACGGGAGGGGCCUCCCGACUCCCCGCGGGCCCGACCGCCCCGACCCCAAGGGCGGACGGGCGACCCCCCCCAGGGGUCUUUAAACCUCCCGCGCCGGGACGCGCUAGGGUACCUGGGAAGGGGGAGGCGGGGCGAGGGGCACGGCGCGCCCCCGCCCCGACGCGGACCACCGACCGCCGCGUCCCCGCCCCGCCCCGGCGCGCGCGCGCGCGGGCCUCGGCGCUGCCGGCCCGUGACACACUGGGGGCCCCCGCCGCGCGCCGGUCGACCGCCGCCCGGAGGGCCCCGCCGGGCGCCGGACAGCCGGCCCCACCCGUCCCCCCGGGACGGGGCAGAGCCCUUUCCCCACCGCCGCGCCCUCACACGCCGUCCCGGCCCGAGGCCCGGAGGGGCGCGGGAGGCGCCGGCGACGCCGCGCGCGCCCAGAGCGGCGGGACGACCGACGACGACCGGCCGAGGCAGACCGGCCCAGGGCCGGCGGCGCGGAGGCGACGGGCGGGCGGAGCGGCCCCGCGACGGGGAAGCCGCCGCCCGUCCCGCCGCACAGCCCGCGAGACGCGACCGGAGGACCCGCGCCGCGCGGGGUCGCGCGGCCGGGGAGAGGCGGUCGUGGCCGGCGCACG